AACAAGUUUGGCAAGUUAAACUAUCAGGUAUUUCACAUUCUCCUUCAAGGCAAUCCUAUCACUAAGACCACAGUGAUUAAGAAGGGAGGCACAUUCCACUUGUCUAUUGACUUUCACAUUUUUAACCUGCAGGCACUGGAGCAUGUCAAUGCCCGGCUCCUUGAGCUGUACCCUGAUGAUGAAGAACGAUUUGAUAUUGUCCUGAUGACUAAUAACCAUGCCCAAGUAGGAGUGAGACUCAUAAACAGCAUCAAUCACUAUGGCUUAACAAUUGAACGUUUCUGUAUGACGGGAGGAAAAAGCCCUAUCGGUUACCUGACUGCGUACCUUACGAACUUGUACCUCUCAGCAGACUCUGAAAAAGUGCAAGAAGCUAUAGAAGCAGGCAUCGCAUCAGCUACAAUGUUCACUGCCAACAAAGAUGUUGCUUACUCGGAUACACAGUUGAGGGUGGCAUUCGAUGGGGAUGCGGUUCUCUUUUCUGAUGAAUCAGAACAGAUUGUCAAAGAGCAAGGAUUAGAUCGGUUUUUUGAACAUGAACAGCUGAAUGAAAAUAAGCCUCUUGCACAGGGUCCUUUGAAAGGUUUUCUGGAAGACCUAGGGAAACUCCAGAAGAAGUUCUAUGCUAAAAACGAACGAUUAAAUUGUCCCAUAAGGACCUUCCUGGUCACAGCCAGAAGUGCAGCCAGCUCUGGAGCCAGAGUGCUGAAGACUCUUCGUAGCUGGGGUCUGGAGAUCGAUGAGGCACUUUUUCUAGCAGGAGCUCCUAAAGGACCGAUCCUGGUGAAAAUCCGCCCUCACAUUUUCUUUGAUGACCAGAUGUUUCAUAUCGAAGGAGCACAGAAAUUAGGCACCAUAGCUGCGCACGUUCCCUAUGGCAUUGCUCAGAAAUACCACAAAUCUGCAUGACUGGAUGGCACCAUUAACGAUAAGGUUCUUAACUCAGCCAGCCUCUAAUAUACCAAUAGUUAUGUCUGAAAACCUCUACAUUUGUAUAUUGUAAGCACUGUGUUUAAAGAUUUUUCUGUCUCUAGAACAGCCUUUAAUGGAAUUAUUUUUAAUAUAAGUAAGUUUUUAACAGAGUUAUUUUAAUAGCAUUCUUAAGCAGUUUAGAUUUUUUUACUGGUCUGAAUCUAACAUUGUCAUUUUGAUCUUAGGAAAGUAUUUGUACUGUUUUUAUAUCUUGAGACAUAUUCCGAGAAACAGAGAGAUCAGUUGUAUUUUCUCUGAAAAACUGUUGACAGGUUAUUUAUAACAAAAAUCAUGCUGCAGUGCUCUAGUCCUUGAUGGUUAUUUCUGAAGUUACCAAAAGCACAGUUUACAUAUAAGUGUUUACCUGUUGGUGGUUUGCUUGUUAAAUAUGUAUUCAGUAGAUCUGUUAUCACAAGGUUUCAGCUUCCAGUGAAAUGUUAGCUUAUUUGAUCUUGUGUUUACAGGAUCCCUUUAUUUUUUUAUAUUGUUUUCCUAUUCAAAUAAAGCUGGCUUUAUAGAAUGU